AUGGCAGAAGAAGAGUGGGCCGACCCGCUGAUAAUAGACCAAGAGCUGGACACGGACGUGCUGCUGAAGGCGCUGGGGAAUGUCGACAAGGAAAUCCCAAACCUCCUCCUCGACGUCAAACCAGUCAUCGCGCACCUCGUCUCGCUGGACAGCAGCACCGCGGAGGAGGAGGCUGCGGGGAUGGCGGCGCGCGACGCGGUGGAGCGGUAUAUGCGGAAUUUGGAUAACAUCCAAGUCAUCCUCCGCCAAGCCGUCUACUUCCUGCGCGAGACGCGCGCCGCGCCCUCCGUGCUCCGCCCACCAGCGAUAGACGGCAUCCCGCGCCCCCUGGCCGCGACGCUCGCGCAGCCGGCCACCUCGACGAGCGUCUCCAGCGGCGGCGGCGAGACGGCGCUCGGGCUGUACGCUGCGCGCACCGAGGUUGCCGCUCUGAGGGAGAUGUUGGCCGCGGCUAAGGCUCUGAGGGCUGAGGAGGCGGGGAAGGCGCAGGGUGAGGGGGAUGGGGAUGGCCUUGAGGUUGACGCCGAGCCAUGA